AUCGUGGACGCUAAUCUCUGCUACGGUGCUUGUUUUAGCAUCUGCGGGGCCUGCGCCGCCGUGUCCCCCUCCCCAGAGCCAUACCAGCCUCCCAGUGGCUUCGUCUGACUCGAGUUGCGGAGAGGAUGAGGGGGAGGGCCGGGGCCGGCCCCCUCCCGCCCCCGCCCCAUUGCUGCGAGCGACACAGGGAAACAGCAAAACCACCAGCCCGGCAGGACUGUCCGGCGGCGUCGCCGCCCGCGACCCGCAGCCGCUUGCCUCGCGCGAUGGGCUCCCUGCUCAGCAGCGACAGCCGGGGCGCUGGCGCGGCUGCCCCUCGGUGCGCGCGGGAUCUGGGGGGAGCUCCUGAGCAGCAGCAGCGGGUCCCGUCCUUUGACUGCUCCAUCUGCCUGGAGGUGCUGCACCAGCCCGUGAGGACCCAGUGUGGCCACGUAUUCUGUCACUCCUGUAUUGUUACAAGUUUAAGGAAUAAUACAUGGACAUGUCCUUAUUGCCGGUCUUAUCUUCCCUCUGAAGGAAUUCCAGCUACUGAUAUUGCCAAGAAGAUGAAAACUGUAUACCAAAACUGCACAGAGUGUGACACACAGGUAUGUCUGAGUGAAAUGAGAGUUCAUUUAAGGACUUGUGAGCAAUAUAUAGAAAAAUAUGGACCUCUACAAGAGCUUGGAGACACAGCAAUGAGAUAUGCCUGUCCAUUUUGCCAGUGUGAGUUGCAUGAAGAUGAUCUAAUGGACCAUUGUCUCACUUAUCAUAGAACAGAAAGGAGAGCAGUGUACUGUCCAAUUUGUCGUUUAAUACCUGGUGAAAAUCCAAGCUAUUUUAGCAGGAAUUUUAUAAGGCACCUUCAACUCAGACACACAUUCUACCAUGAAGAUUACAUAGAUAUAAACAUAGUAGAAGAAGCCCUUAUUGAAAACGUUCUACACCAGUCAUUUUUAGAAUAUGUGCAUGUGAAUCAUCCAAACAGCACAUAAUUCUACUGAAAAGGGUGGGAUAGAUGUUCAACAGAUUACGUUGUUCAUUCAGAUUCAGUUUUUACAGUUACUGGGACGUUGUCAGAUUUUAGACUUAAACAGGUUGAUUGAAAAAAUAGUUUUGUUUUUAAAUUAAAUUCCAACUCCAUCAGACAAAAAUGUAAAAGAUCACGCUGCCAUAUUGCUGUUUUUGAACACCUAAAAUGCAGUAAUCACUGUCUGCCUGUACUACCUUAUUCCUCAUUGACAAACACCAUUAUCUUUAUACAAAGGGAAAGCAAUGACUGGAGCAGAGAGCAGCUUGUGCUCGCACAUUCCAUGAGCAGGCCACAGUCGCCAUGAUACUGCUGAUGAUGUUGCAAUGCUUGGGCCAGACAGCAAACAAGGCACAGCCAUUUUUGGAUUCUGUAGCCUAUCAGACUGGGCGGGGAGGGAGCUCAGGGCUUCUGCCGUGCACCAGGGUGGUGGGGCUAGGGUCUUCUCUGCCCAGCAGGGAUGGGGGUCUCAGGACAUCAGCAGGUGCCUCAUGUGGAGAAGGAGCCCCGGCAGUAGCACCCCGGCUCUCAAACUACUGAAGAUUGUCGUAUGCGGCUCGGAGGCUCAUUACGUUUGGCCACCCCUGCUCUACAGUGACCAGAAGAUAGGGAUAUAGCCUUGUUUCAAAACGUACCUCCAACAGAGAAGUAAGCACACAAACUUCUUUGUGUAAUUCCACACAUUUUCAUUGUUGAGAUUUCAUUUCACAAAUACGUUUUAUCAUGAGGAAUAAAAAGUUGGCAGGGCCAUUGAUUUAAUCUAAAAAAAUAGUCUGAUUUA